AUGGCAGCCGUCGCCGGCGAGCAUCUGCAGUCGGCGGAGGCAGAAAAUGCAGCAGAUUUCGACGCCGCGAGAAAGGAUGAUGAUGACGAGCAGCCGUCGGUGGAGGUGGCCUUCGCGGGGCAGACGCCUCCGCCGUGGUGGCAGCAGGUCACGGCACGGUCGGUGGUGGCGAGCGUGGUGCUGGGCACCGUGCUCACCUUCAUGUCGAUGCGAAUCGGCCUGACCGCAGGCGUUGGUCCGGCGUUCAACAUCGUGGCGAGCCUCCUGGGCUUCUUUGUCAUCAAAUCGUGGACGCGUCUGCUUGCUCGGUUCGGCGUCGCCUCCCAGCCCUUCACCAGGCAGGAAAACGUCGUCCUCCAGACGUGCAUCAUCUCCUGCGCCACGCUCUCCUUCUACGGUGGCUUCUCGACGUAUCUGCUUGCGAUGACCGAGACGGUGGCGAAAUCAACCGGCGGGACAGGCACCGGCCGGGACGUGUACGAGCUGCACACGGGGAAGGUCAUGGCUUUCCUCGGCCUCGUCAGCUACGCCAGCUUGUUCUGCACUCUCCCAUUACGGAAGCUCAUGAUACUGGACUACAAACUGAUGUAUCCAAGUGGUUCAGCUAUCGCCGGGAUCGUCAACAGCUUCCACACACCGGCGGGAGCUGCGACAGCAAAGUUGCAAGUGCUCGCUAUGACCAAAGCCAUGGUUGGGAGCUUCAUGUGGGCGUCCUUCCAGUGGGUCUACACCGGAGGAAGCGGGUGUGGCUUCCAAGACUUCCCCAUGUUCGGACUGAGGGCAUAUAAACAGAAAUUUUACUUCGACUUCUCCGCAAGUCUGGUCGGCGUGGGCAUGAUCUGCCCGGUCGUGGUAAAUUUCUCGAUGCUUUUCGCAUCUGCCAUCACUUCGUUUUUCUUAUGGCCAGCCCUCCAGAGCAAGAAAGGGGAAUGGUACACCGAUCCUUCACCCACAAAUUUCAGGGGAAUCAAUGGAUACAAGGUGCCCAUGGGCAUAGCGAUGGUGCUUGGGGAUUGCCUGUUCCAACUGGGUUCAAUCACCAUAAGAGCCGCGUACCAUUUCAACAAGAAUCGCCAGGGACAGGGUCUCGGCAGUACCAGCAUACCAGAUGACAUAAAUUCAGAUGAGAAAACAUCUCUGAGCUAUGAUGAUCGUCGCAGAAACAAAAUCUUUCUGGACGAAGGAUUGCCGGACUAUGUUGCGGUUGCUGGCUACAUCUUCUUCUCAGCCGUCUCAGCAAUCUUUGUUCCACAAAUCUUCCCACAGAUCAGAUAUUACCACGUGGCCUUAUUAUACGCUGUCGCCCCCAUCAUGGCAUUCUGCAAUUCAUAUGCUUCUGGACUGUGUGACUGGUCCCUCGCAUCUGUCUACGGAAAGCUCGCUAUCUUCAUUGUUGGGGCAUGGGUUGGUGAAGCAGCUGGCGGCACCAUUGCCGGUCUUGCUGCCUGCGGUGUCAUGUUGAUGAUUAUUGGCAAUGCCGCUGAGCUCAUGCAUGACUUCAAGACAGGAUACCUGACACUUACCUCGCCAGUGUCCAUGUUCAUAAGCCAAGCAAUUGGAACCUCGAUUGGUUGCUUGAUCAAUCCGCUUGUCUUCCUGUGCUUGGAAAAAUUUGUCGGCAAAGAGCAUCUGGGAGAAGCUGGAUCGGUUUUCUCGGCUCCUUUGGCCACCGCAUACCGUGGGCUUGCAGUUUUAAGUGUUAAAGGACUCAAGAUACUUCCAAAACACUCCAUGAUGUUCUGUAUAGCUUUCUUCUUUGGGGCAUUUUUCUUGGAUUGCCUGGCAGCAAUAGCCAAAGCAAAGAAGUGGAAGGUAAAAAGUUACAUUCCAAACGCCAUGGCUAUGGCUAUUCCAUUCUUAAUUGGACCAAAUAUUGCAAUAGACAUGGCCAUGGGGAGUCUACUAUUAGUUAUCUGGAAGAAAACAAACAAGAAAAGUGCAAAUAUGCUUUCAGUUGUUGUAGCAUCAGGUUUAAUCUGCGGAGAUGGACUGUUUGCAUUGCCAUCGGCAUUACUUUCAAUUUUCCAAAUCGAGCCACCCAUCUGUAUGAAGUUCUUGUCUAAUUAUCAGACUGAGGAAAUGCAGGAUCAUUUCAUACCCAAACUGGCCACUUCUUCGUAA